GGAAAAGAAGCCCUUGGCGGUGGUGAUCUUACUCAUGGUGGCCAGCCACUGUGCUGGCCGCAGGAGCAAUCCUGUCAGGAGCCCGUCCUGCCGCCCCAUCAAUGCCACCAUUGCCGCCGAGAAGGACAACUGCCCUGUCUGCACAACCAUCACUACCUCCAUCUGCGGUGGCUACUGUGAGACAAGGGCGAAAGUGUUAGACGUCUUCUUGCCCUUCAUCCAAAGAGCCUGCACUUACAAGGAGGUACGCUACGAGACCGUGCGCCUGCCUGGAUGCCCAACGGGAGUGGACCCUUCCUUCUCCUACCCCGUGGCCCUCAGCUGCCACUGUGACCUCUGCAAGGUGGACUCCAGUGACUGCACCGUUCAGAGCAUCGGGCCCGAUUUCUGCAUGAACCGACGCCCCUCCCUCCAGUGAAAAGGGUGGGGGAAGUGACCAAUAAAUGCCUUCAG